UUCUUUUUUUUUUUAAUGCCGACUAUAAACUUUUCUCUCUGCUGAGGACAGUGUUAGAGAAGAAGAAGAAGAUCAAAUGGUUUCCGGUUAAAAAAGCCGCUGAGGCCGGUGGAACUGUUUACGUCUGUAGCCGCUCAGCAUCAUGUUCGUGUUGGUGGAGAUGGUCGACACCGUCCGCAUCCCGCCGUGGAGCUUCCAGAGACAGCUGAACGAAGCCAUAGCCGAGGAGCUCAACAAGAAGCUGGCCAACAAGGUGGUCUACAAUGUGGGCCUCUGCAUCUGCUUGUACGACAUCACUAAACUGGACGACUCCUAUAUAUUCCCAGGAGACGGCGCCUCGCACACUAAAGUUCAUUUCAGAUACGUCGUUUUUCACCCGUUCCUCGACGAGAUCCUCAUCGGCAAGAUCAAGUACUGCAGUCAGGAGGGAGUUCACGUGACAAUGGGCUUCUUUGACGACAUCCUCAUUCCCCCAGAGUCGCUCCAGCAGCCUGCAAAGUUCGAUGAAGCAGAGCAGGUCUGGCUUUGGGAGUAUGAAACGGACGAGGGCGCUCACGACCUCUACAUGGACCAGGGGGAGGAGAUCCGCUUUCGGGUGACGGAUGAAGUGUUUGUGGACACUUCACCAACGGGUCCUGCCACCGCAACGCCUGACGCGCCGGCACAACCAGGACAGUUGACUGCGCCGCCAGCAGAAGACAGCGGAGAGAAGAAGGAGGCACCGUACACUUUGAUUGGGACCAUCUGUGAACCCGGGCUGGGGCUGCUGUCCUGGUGGAACAGUUAGCGCUGAAGAGGAGGAGGAGAGCGUUUAAUGACUACAGCUGCUCUGAAACACCAGAGACAUGGAGCCAUGCUGUCUGGUGCAGAAGUCGAGACUCAAAGUGAAGCUGUGUUAUGAACCGGGUCGGUGUCGGUGUGGCGCUCGACCCGAAGCGUACCAGCUUCAUGUUCAUGUGAAGAACAACGAACGAUGAUGUCGUCACUGCUUUAACCAGACAUACAGGUGCUACAGAAAGAUGUGUUGACUGAUUUGUCAGAUUAAUGUAUGUGGUGCCUUUUUUUUUUUUUUUAGUUUGAAGGUGAGAAAUGAAGCUGGGGGACAUUUAUGUUGAUGCAUAAACAGCAAGAUCCAAAUAACAACAAUAUGAAGACGUUAUUUUUUAGUGGGAGUCAAAUUUGUAAGAGAUUUACUUUCCAUGGUAGAUAUAACCUCUCCCGCUUCUCAUGUGCACACAUCCUUAACUGAUUCAUGUGUUUUGUGUUUCAGUAAAAAGGCGUAUCAUCGGA